GACAAUAGCGAGUGGUGCACACUUCCUUCCACAAGCCACAUAACAAAAAAACAAGUCCCAUUUAAGAGUUGCUGGUGUAACAAUAGGAAGAAUAUAUUCCACUCCUCUCUUGUACACGCGGCUUAUGAGAUGAACGCUGGUCAAGAAGAACGUCCCCUUCAGCAGCAGGAGGAUCCACAGCCCCCCCACAUUAAAGAGGAAGAGGAGGAUCUCUGGGUUACUCAGGAGGAAGAGUUUCUUCCAGGGCAGGAGGAGGCGGAUCUCAGCAAGUUUCCACUGACUGUUGUCUCUGUGAAGACUGAAGAGCGUGAAGACAAACCACCUGAGUCCUCACAGCUUCAUCACAGUCCAAACGUCUGUGAAGAAUAUCUUCACCUUGAGCAACAGAAGUGGAGCUUCAAGAUGCAAACAGAGGUGCGACAGCCCUCCCACAUUAAUAAGGAAGAGGAAUACCCACUGAUCCCCCAUUUUAAAAAGGAAGAGGAGGACCGACUGACACCCCAUUUUAAAGAGGAAGCGGUGGAUCCACUGAGCCCUCACAUUAAAGAGGAAGAGGAGGAACACAGCAUCAGUCAGCAGGGAGAGCAUCUUGAAGGAAUGGAGGAGUUUACAGUGAUUAGUGUGAUUGUGAAGAGUGAAGGUGAUGAGGUCAAAGGUGAGAGUGAGGAGAGGGGAGGGGGGGAGCCUCCAAGCAGCAGCUCAACUCAACACAUGACAACAGAAGCUGAUGGAGACCACUGUGGAGGAUCACAAGCAGACAAGCUCUUAGCUCCACUAUCAGAUAGUGAGGACACAACGUCACACUCUCCUGACACUGAUGAUGAAGACUCUAAAGAUGAUAAGACAUGUCACACUGACAACACACACAUCACAUGUUCUCUCUGUGACAAAACUUUUAAAUAUCCUAGUUAUUUGAAAAGACACAUGAGAACACACACUGGAGAAAAAACUUGUUCAUGUUCAAUCUGCGGUAAAAAUUUUACUCAAAAGCACAACUUCAAAGUACACAUGAAAACACACACUGGCGAAAAACUUUUUUCAUGUUCAAUCUGCUGUAAAGAUUUUACUCGAAGGUACCAUUUGAAAAUACACAUGAGGAUGCACACUGGCGAAAAACCUUUUUCAUGUUCAAUCUGCGGUAAAAAUUUUGCUCAAAAGCACAAUUUCCAAACACACAUGAGAACACACACUGGAGAAAAAUGUUCAUGUUCAAUCUGCGGCAAAGAUUUUACCCGAAGGGACCAUUUAGAAACACACAUGAGAAUACACACUGGAGAAAAACCUUUUUCCUGCUCAGAAUGUGGUAAAAAAUUUGGAGUAAAUCAAAGUUUAAAAGUACACAUGAGAACGCACACUGGCGAAAAACCAUUUUCAUGUUCAAUCUGCGGUAAAAAUUUUACUCAAAAUUACUAUUUCAAAAGACACAUGAGAACACACACUGAAGAAAAACAAUGUUAAUGUACAAUCUGCGGUAAAGAUAUUACUCGAAGGGACCAUUUCAAAACACACAUGACAAUAUACACCUCAAACCUUUUUCCUGCUCAGAUUGUGGUAAAUGUUUAAUAAGAAAUCAAAAUCUGAAAGUACACAUUAGAACACACACUGGUGAAAAACAUUUUCAAUGUUCAGUAUGUGGUAAAAGUUAUAUAAAAAGACGGCAAUUAAAAUCACACAUGAGAACACACUCUGGUGAAAAACCAUACUUCUGUUCAAGCUGCAACAAAAGCUUUCGUCGCCGUCAAUCUUGUAAAGUGCACAUGAGAACACACACAGGAGAGAAAGUGUUGAGUUGCAGUGUGUGUGGUGAAAGAUUCUCUUCUAAGUCCCAGUGUAAGAAACACAAGUGUGCUGGUGAGAACAGCAGCAGCAAAUGAAGAUGCAGGAUUUGAAAUAAAGUUUCUAACAACAUCAGCACAAAUAACAUGUGUGACAUCAGUGUUAAUUUUGACAGCAAAAUUUUAUUUAGUUUUAGUCAUAGUCUUUCGACUAAAAUGUAAUUUAGUUUUAGUCAUAAUUCAAUUAUUUAAAUUGUUUUAGUUUUAGUUGAUGAAAUAUAAGAUUAUAGUCGACGAAAACUACAGUAGAUUUAGUCGACUAAAGGGUAAUAUGUAAACUUUCCCUUCAAUUUCUGAAAGUCAUUACAUUCACCUAGACUAAAUGAAACCUCUAUGAAUGUGUUAAGGAAUGUUAUGAAUGUGUUAGGGAAUGUAAAAGUACUGCAAUUUAUACACAGACACAGAUUAACUUAUUUGCAACAAACAUUUAUUUACCUGUAAUACUGUAAAAUCAGCAGUGCCAUUUGUGCAAAAAUAAACAAACAUGUAGGAAAAGUGCAUAGGCUAUAACGCCAUCAGGCCUGCUCUCUCCAAAUCAGUGUAACUGAACUAUUAAAAAGACGAAAAAAUGGUUCAGCUCACCGUUAAAUACUCAGAUUUCACUUCAAAUCACAUCAGGAUUUAAACCUAUUAACAGGAAAGAAAAACAUUCAAAAGUGCUAUCAGUGGCAGGAACUGCAACCAUUCCAUUAUAACAUUUUCAACUUCAAAAUAACAAGCAAACGAAUGAAUAAACGGAGCUAUACCAUAGAUAACAGAAAAACUCAAAUCUGUACCAUAAAUUGUGCAUACAAGCAUUGUCAGUAGACCACAGAUUUAUUUGGGCCGAUUCAUUUUAAGGAAAGCCCUUCGUGCCAGCAUGACCCUUCUUGCUGUGUUGCGCUUGCCUCUGGUGAGGUCACCUGUGACGCUGAAAACCCUUUCUGCGAAAGCUUGAGAAGCUGGAAUAGCCAAUAAGUCUAACGCGAAAGGUUUUAAACUGUGAUUAAAAAGUGUCACAGCAGAAAAAUCACCGAUACAAGUCGUAUUUUGAUGAAAAUCAUGUCUCAAAUUUAGUAUUUCACGAGUAAGCCGUGUAUUACUGUAACGUAUUAUUUUUGGGUCUCCCCAUGUCUAGCAUUAAAAGAUUACAGUUGGUACAAAAUGCGGCUGCUAGACUUUUGACAAGAACAAGAAAGUUUGAUCACAUUACGCCUGUACUGUAUAUCAAUCAAUCAAUGUUUACUUAUAUAGCCCUAAAUCACUAGUGUCUCAAAGGGCUGCAAAAAACCACUACGACAUCCUCGGUAGGCCCACAUAAGGGCAAAGACAACUCCCAGUCAGUACCCAAGAAGUAGCUCUUGGUUUCAAAAAGCUUGGUGACCCCUGCUGUAUUGACAUACUGCGCCACCCUGUGGCAGCCACGGUGCCCGCACCUAUAACAUAUCCCUGCGUCAGGUGUGUUUACCUGAGUUGUACUUCCUACAUGCAGCCUGAAUACACGGUACUGAGCCACAGCAGGACUCUUCUCAUCUUUAUAAUGCACCGCACCAUACUCUUACCUCCUCGCACUCUGCUCUCCUCUUUUGGUGUUUUCUAACAUCACAAA